AUGGCUCGCGUACCGCGACAAGCACACCGGCGCUUAAAAGUGUUUGUAUUUCUAACAGCAGUCUCGGCAAUAGUCAUCAUCGGCGUGCUCAUGUUUGCAAGCUACACUGACGAGCUAUCAAAAAACCGAAACUACUUGACACUCGGGUUCAACCACAUAUUCGUGCUCAGCAAGAGAGGCAACGAGCAGCGGCGACGCGUCAUGGCCAAGCAGCUGCAAUUCCAGGGCAUUCCCUUUGGGUUCUUUCCGGCUCUCACCGAAUAUGACAUUGAGCACUUAGAAGACUAUGUGCCCUGGAUUGGCGAGGAGCACUGGGCGAAGGUGCCGCACAACCACACGCAGUCGACAGAAUUGCUUGCUGACUUUCGCACACAUAUGAAUGUCAUCAACGACAUUGUGCGGUUGGAGUUUGGAUCAGCGCUCGUAUUGAGUGAUCGGAUUGACAUGGAGGUGAUAUUAAGCAGUAUAUGCGGGAAUUGUGGCAGAACUGCCGUUUCGUGGGAGAUACUGUACUUGGGCCAUUGCAGUGAACCCAAAACACACAGGCCGACUCUGCUUCAUGAAAAACUGUUUGUAGCCUAUCAGCCUCAGUGCGCAUUUGCUUACGCAGUGUCGAGACAGGGCGCAAUCCGACUGAAACGCAUUCUAGACAAUAUGUGGCCUUAUCCUCAAUUCGCGUUUGACCAGCAACUGGCAGAACUGGUUCGGCCACUGUACCUUGAAGCAUAUGUGAUUGAGCCGCCCUUGAUCACAGAAUCGGGGUCGGCCGCCGAGGCACACACACCUGGCGCACAAAUCCGGCCGCUAGGAAGAUCAACGCUCGGAAAAAUGGGAAUUUCUGGCGUAAACACAAAAUAA